AUGGCUUUCGACACUCAAUCCUCUGAUGAAGUAUAUAUAAAAUGCAUGGAAUUAGAACUAGACAGUCAAAUGGCUGAAAGUUUUCAGAAAGCUAAUAAGGGCGAAAACGCACACGACGGUGAUGACGUGAGUGGAAAUAAUGACGAUCAUAUUGUCCAAGACAACGAAAAUAAAGAAGGAUCUAUAGAGCAAGAAAAACAACACGAAAAGAAAAAAAAUACGCAUUGUAACUGUGGAGCAGCAAUGUUCAUGUCAAUGAGAGGAAGUGGCCGAGGAGGUGGUGGCCGAGGUGGAGGUCGAGGAAUAUUUUUUGGUCGAGGAGCUGGUGGUCGAGGAGGUGGCCGUGGAUUUUUUGGUGGCCGAGGAGGUGGAGGUUCUAGAUUUGAUGGCAGAGGAUUUAAUGAGACUGAACAACCGGACGAUGUAUUUUGCACAGACCCACGAAUGGGCUUUGAAGGAAUCGGGGGUCGAGGUGGUGGAGGCCGAGGAGGUGGUCGAGGAGGUGGUUUUCGAGGAAUUUUUGAUCGAAGAUUUGGUGUAGAGUUUUAUGAACAAGGACCAGAUGGACUUGGCAGUUUUUGGGCUCGUCCAUGCAUCGCACACGGAGACACAUGUAACUGCGGAGGAAACGAAAACAAUCCAAAAUCUAAAGACGCUGAAGCCAAACAGCAGAAACCAACAGCAACAGACGAAGAACACGAUUCAGAAAACGAAGAUGCACAAUAUGAUCCCCCAUGUACUUGUAACACAGCAAGAGGAGGAAGAGGUAGAGGGGGAUGGGGGAGGGGUGGAAGAGGUGGUAGCUGUUUUGGUCAAGAUCCUAAAAUAAUGGGGUACUCUCAGUUUCGCAGGGGGUGGCAAGGGUUAGGUGCACGCGCACCGUUCGCCCGCCCCCAACAUUUCCCUGACCAGCACAAGUCACCUUCAAUGACAUUUGGCAUUUCCCUACCACCUCAUUCAACAGACGUUCGACCGCCAUUUCCACCACAAGCAAACUUUGAGGGAUGUCGUUUUCGUGGACCUAGACCAGUUAGACCAGAGCAUGGACUUGUUCGGUGA